CAUCGGCACCAAUCAAUUCUUUACAUCCGCCCUGCAGCUCCGCUAUUCUCGCCCUGCUUUCAGGCUCGGUUUUCUUCGUCUUGCCGAAGCUUUGAAUCGAAUAUAUUCGGAAGCCCUCGACUCUGGUAUACCCAUAAUCGGAGAUGUUCGUUUAUCUCCGUACCUGGAGAUGAGGCGCUGGGGCGCUUGGGUGUUUGGGGCGGGUCCGAGGCCGGAAGUGCGUGGGCUGCCGGGCUGGCCCAGCUUAGGGUUUUCAGGAAAUUUGGAAGCUGCAGCCGUAGUUGGAGUCUAAGGACUCCUGACAAUCUUCGGGUGCCCUCCGAGAGAAAAGGGGAGGGCCUAUGGAGGGGGGCGGAAUCGGAAUAACAAGCUCCGUGGCCUCCAAAUUGGGGAAGAGGCAGGCAGCGCCGUGUCUUCGGACCCAGACUAUGAACUGAUUUAUGACGCUCAACUUGAGUUUGCGUUUGCCUUGGAAGCCGUGUGGCAAGAUUCUGGGAAAAUUCUCCGUUUCUCCAAAGAAGAGAGUAAGUUCCCUUGGAGGAACUGCUUCCUGUAGGGCAAGGACUGAAAAAUACAAGCGCCCUGAACUUUUUUGGAUGCCACUGGAGUCAUCCUCUUCAAUGCCGCUAUCCUUCCCAUCUCUCUUACCCUCAGUACCACACAAUACUAACCCUUCCCCUCCUCCGAUGUCUUACAUCACCUCCCAGGAGAUGAAGUGUAUUCUUCACUGGUUUGCCAAUUGGUCAGGUCCCCAGCGUGAACGUUUCCUAGAGGACCUGGUAGCUAAGGCAGUGCCAGAAAAAUUACAGCCACUGCUGGAUAGUCUGGAGCAGCUUAGUGUGUCCGGGGCAGACCGACCACCUUCUAUCUUUGAGUGCCAGCUACAUCUUUGGGAUCAGUGGUUUCGAGGCUGGGCUGAGCAGGAGCGCAAUGAAUUUGUCAGACAGCUGGAGUUCAGUGAGCCAGACUUCGUGGCAAAGUUUUACCAAGCAGUGGCUGCUACAGCUGGUAAGGACUGAUAGGCAUUCAGACCAAAGAAGAUAACCAUAGCUGAUGGAGCCAAGGCCAUGACUCUAUACAAUGAUAAUUCAAAUGUGUCAUCUAAAGCUCUGGAACUGGUAUUCGGACCAGCUGACUGAACUCACUGACCAGUAUAGGCAUGGUUAUUUCAACAGUAAUAGCAUGUCAACUGGACUCCUAUUUGUAAAUAUUAUCAAUCUAAGCAAUCCCGCUUAUCAGUCUACUAGUUUGCUUCUUUCUAAGAGAUGUCAAAUCCUCAAUUUGAUGGCUUCUUCUGUAGCUAUAACCAAAAGGAACCUACACAUUAUAACUCAGGCCCACUGCUGGCUCAUGAAAUGUGUAAAGUAGAACCCUCCUUCCCCAGAAAUAAGACAGAACAAUAAAAGGUGACAUUUUUAAAAUUUACCUGGAUUCCAUUGGCUGGUUUUACCACUCCUAUCAGAUUCUAGUGUAAUUGUAUGAUACCCAAACCAUUAGUUUUCCCAGUGAUGAUUUAAUAAAAUUAUGAAAAAUCA